AUGGAAUCUGCCAACAGGAGUGUGGUAAAAGCUUUUAUCAUCCUAGGAUUCAAUACUUCUCCACAGUUCCGCAUACUGUCCUUCAUGCUGAUCUUAGCCACAUAUGUUCUCACAGUCACUACCAAUGUAGUCAUCAUCUCAGUCAUUAAGACAAACCGUAAACUGCAACGUCCCAUGUAUUACUUCUUGGGCAAUUUCUCCUUCAUGGAGAUCUGGUAUACAACAUCCACUGUGCCCAAGAUGCUGGAAAGUUUCCUGGCUGGUGGAAGCACAAUCUCCGUGGCAGGCUGCAUCUCCCAGCUCUACCUUUUCUUUGCCUUGGGCUCCACUGAAUGUUUCCUGUUAGCUACUAUGGCCUACGACCGCUACUUGGCUAUCUGUCGCCCUCUGCAUUAUCCAACCCGUAUGACUCUGCAGAUAAGUACCUGGAUGGUGACAGCAGCCUGGGUGGGUGGAUUCCUGGCCCCUUUGCUUCCCAUUGUCCUCAUUUCCCAGCUAUCAUUCUGUGGGCCUAAGGAAAUCCACCAUUUCUUCUGUGACGCUGGUCCCCUGCUGAGGCGAUCAUGUGGCGCUGCCUUUCUCAGCUCAACUCUUGUCACAGUGUUGGCCUCCAUGGUCAUCCUCAGCACCUGCUUGCUCACUAUGGUGUCCUAUACCUUCAUCAUCUCAACGAUCCUUCGUAUCCCAUCAGCCACUGGGAGGCAGAAGGCUUUUUCAACUUGUGGUUCACACCUCACUGUGGUGGUGAUUUACUAUGCUACUGUCAUUUUCAUAUAUGUACGGCCCAUCUCCCCUUCUGCUUCUGAUCUGGACAAGGUGGCCUCUAUUUUUUAUGCAGUAGUCACCCCACUGCUGAAUCCAAUGAUUUAUAGCCUAAGGAACAAGGAGGUGAAGGAAGCUCUGAAGAAAUUGUACAAUUGCAAGUCCAUGAGAAGCUAG